UUGAGUAUUGUUAUUUAUUGCCUAUGUCAGUGAACAGAAUUAAUUUAUUUAUAAUUAGUGAUGUGAAAUACAAGCAGAAUCAUGCAAGAUAUUCCUUUUAUUCUGUCAGAAAGUCAACAAGUGAAUUCCAUUCUUUACAAACCAAUAAAUUUAACUCAACGAAUUAAGUAUACGUGUAUAGGUGUUUCUUCAAGUUGCAUCGUACUUGGCUCAACUAGUGGAAGUCUCUACUUAUUCAGAAGAGAACCAUGUAUUUUUCAACAAUUAAUUCCACUGUCGGAAGGAGCUGUGUCUCGUGUAGAGAUUUCACCCGAUGAAAAAACAGUAGCUUUAGCGACGACUCGUGGCAGUGUUUGCCUUGUCACAUUGAAACCGGCAAUAAAACUCGUUGCAGUAUCCGUGGAACAUGUUGGAGAACAUAUAAAAAGUCUCUGUUGGAACGAUAACAGUUCUGAGCUUUACAGCGGUGAUGAAAUUGGCAAAGUUUCAGUCAUGGUUCUUUCAUUCUUCACGGUGACAGGAAUGUUUCAGGCACCAGCCUGCACAUUAAUGCAACUAGACUCGAGUAUCGUUCAACUUAGUUUUUCCGCUCCUCUUUUACUUGUAUCGACCAUAACUCGUUGCUAUAUUUGUGACACUAUUCUGGAACAAUAUAAGCAAAUAGGAAAUAAGGCAAGGGAUGGCGAGUACGGGGCAUGUUUUCUGAAACCGCUUCUGGGGAGCGAAGAAUCGCCAAAAACUGAGGAAGAAGAGAACAUUUCUAGAAGAAGGACGUUUAGUUUAAAUACUGAAGGCGAGGUUUCAAGUCUAAAUGAAAGUCAAUUCAAAAUAUUUUGCGCAAGACCGGGUUCGCGGCUUUGGGAAGUUACAACUAAUGGCACUGUUAUUAAAACUCAUCAGUUUAAGGAAGCUUUAGCGAUUCCGCCUUUGCCUGUUUACAAAGUUACCAAAGAAAUGAAGAUAGAAACGAAUCGCUCUUGGCCUUCUCAAUCUUUGAUGUUCUCUCAACUUUCACCAAUAAAUGGAGAAUUUCUCUUUUCCCACACCCCAAGUGGUUUAUAUAUUCUGGACCCUAAGAAUGCAUCUGUAAUUCUUUGGAGCGAAGAAUUUGUAAAUGUAUCGGAAGCUCAUGUAGUUAAUUACGAAAUCUAUUUAAUGACACAAUCAGGAAAAUUCCAUUGCUUGACGCUGUCUUCAGUGGAUUCGUUAAUAGUUACCCUUUACGAUAAGAAGCUUUAUGAAGACUGUCUACAAACAUCUAUCAGUUUUAGAUCCCGUAUGUUAAAAUCCAUAGUUGAUGAGGAAUCUAAAGGUGACAAUCUAGAUUUAAAAUCUGAUUUUCAAGACUUAAAAUCUCACCAUUCAGACGCUGAAAUCUCGGAUAUUCUUCCUCUUAUAUCGUUCCUUCGAUCAACAUUAAAUCAGCCAAAGAAACUGGAUUGCGGUAUCGUCGUUGUUAAUUCAGGUACUUACAAAAAUAGCCCCGAACCUUGUGGGUCCGGAACUUCGGGUAGUUUUGAAACUAACAGUGAGCAAGAAGAAAAUUUCAUAUGCAAUGGGGUGGAAUUUACAAAUGGAGAUAUUCUAGAGCGACGCGAGAAAAAGGAGGAAAAGAGAAAAAUGAAAGAAGAGAAGAUUGAAAAAGAAAAAAAAUCGGAAUCAAAUGUUCACGAGGCAAUGUGCAAUCUGCAGGCACAGUUGGAACCUCUUCAUAGAGUCGUCGAGUCUUUGAAAUCUUGUGUGAAAGAAGCAGAUGCUGAAAAAGUGCUCUUGACAGUUGCUGACAUGACAAAAGAUGUGAAAAGGAGAUACGAAGAGCCAGAAGACUUAAAGCAUUUCUUCUUUGAAAUGAUUCGUGCAGCUGAGCUCCAGUGCUGUAAGUCCCUUCUGGAAAACUUACGGCUUGACCUUUUACGAACAACAACAAAUGCAACGAUUCUAAACGAAAUCCUCCGGAUCUUCCUAGAUUUAAAUUCUUCAAAUCGCCGCGAGUGCAACACUUGUGGUUUUCCCCACCCCAGUUUCAAUCGUUCUAAGGAACCCAAAUUCAUAGAAACUGGAAGUCUUCUUUUAAAAAAAUUGGAAAAACAAAGCGACGAGUGUUUAAGACUCUGUGAUAAGAUUCCCUUCAUGUGGAGAGAGUAUCUUCCGAUUUAUUUAGAUAAUUGUGUAGGUGAAGACUCCAGAUUAAGAAUUUUGGAAGCUUGUUUGCAAACUAGAGACAGUGUUGUUUUAUCUAUACUUUUACCCAAGUUGGGAGAAAGAGAGUGGAAAAAAGUUGACGAGGGAUUGAGAAAGAUUGAAAAGGGAAUUUGUUUGUCUUGUGGAGAUUCCUGGGGAGAAAGAGAAAUUAAGAUGAAAGAGUUGAUUGACUGGAGUGGCGUCACGCACGAGAUUGUAAAAAAGGAAGGACCAAAUGCGACUUUAGAAUUUCUAUUUAAAGUAGAAAAAUCGUUAAAGGAUCUGAAAUUAGAUAAGAAUGUUUACCAGAAAAUAAUAUUUGCCAAGAUUCUGGAAAUGAAUGGAAUGAAGUGUACUCUUGACUUCUAUCGAAAUCAUUCUGAAGAUGCUGAGUAUAUGUCGAUGUGUUCGCCAAAGAUUCGAGAGCAGCUAAUGGAGUCGUUGGAAAAGGAUUUGGAACAACCAGUGGACAAAAGCGCUUUUGACUCAGGACCCCAUCAUUGGGGAAUUCGAUGUUCGCACAAAUCUUCUACAUGUCCCUGUUGCACGCUUUCUCUUCAGACACGAGUUCUUCUAGGAAACAACGGAAUUGCUCUGUUCCCUUGUGGACAUGCCUAUCACGUAAAUUGUAUGAUUCAGAAAAAAAUUUCACGAUGCGGUCUUCACUGACCUUCCACUCAAUUUAAAUUAAUUUAUCCACAUUAAUAAUUUAGAUUCAUUUCAGUAAA